GCCGCCCCCCCUGAGUCCUAACGUCCCCGCCCGCAGGUCACCAUGGAAGAAGAGAUCGCCGCGCUCGUCAUCGACAACGGUUCCGGCAUGUGCAAAGCCGGCUUUGCGGGCGACGAUGCCCCCCGCGCCGUCUUCCCCUCGAUCGUGGGGCGCCCCCGGCACCAGGGCGUCAUGGUGGGCAUGGGCCAGAAGGACAGCUACGUGGGCGACGAGGCGCAGAGCAAGAGGGGCAUCCUGACCCUCAAGUACCCCAUCGAGCAUGGCAUCGUCACCAACUGGGACGACAUGGAGAAGAUCUGGCAUCACACUUUCUACAACGAGCUGCGCGUGGCCCCCGAGGAGCACCCCGUGCUGCUGACCGAGGCGCCCCUGAACCCCAAGGCCAACCGGGAGAAGAUGACCCAGAUCAUGUUUGAGACCUUCAACACCCCCGCCAUGUACGUGGCCAUCCAGGCCGUCCUGUCCCUCUACGCCUCGGGCCGCACCACCGGCAUCGUCAUGGACUCUGGCGACGGAGUCACGCACACCGUGCCCAUCUACGAGGGCUACGCCCUGCCGCACGCCAUCCUGCGUCUGGACCUGGCGGGCCGCGACCUGACCGACUACCUCAUGAAGAUCCUGACGGAGCGCGGCUACAGCUUCACCACCACGGCCGAGCGCGAGAUCGUGCGCGACAUCAAAGAGAAGCUCUGCUACGUGGCCCUGGAUUUCGAGCAGGAGAUGGCCACCGCUGCGUCCUCGUCCUCCCUGGAGAAGAGCUACGAGCUGCCCGAUGGCCAGGUCAUCACCAUCGGCAACGAGCGCUUCCGGUGUCCCGAGGCGCUCUUCCAGCCCUCCUUCCUAGGUAUGGAGUCCUGCGGCAUCCACGAGACCACCUUCAACUCCAUCAUGAAGUGCGACGUGGACAUCCGGAAGGACCUGUAUGCCAACACGGUGCUGUCAGGCGGGACCACCAUGUACCCAGGCAUCGCCGACCGCAUGCAGAAGGAGAUCACGGCGCUGGCGCCCAGCACCAUGAAGAUCAAGAUCAUUGCUCCUCCCGAACGCAAGUACUCUGUGUGGAUCGGCGGCUCCAUCCUGGCCUCGCUGUCCACCUUCCAGCAGAUGUGGAUCAGCAAGCAGGAGUAUGACGAGUCGGGCCCCUCCAUCGUCCACCGCAAAUGCUUCUAAACGGACUGCCAGCAGGUGCCGCCACCUGCCGCAUGAGCGCAUUCCCGAGUGCAGGUUUGCCACAAACCGCACGUCUCAUGCUAGCCUCGUGAAACUGGAAGAAGCCUUUGAAAAGAAAUUGUCCUUGAAGCCUGUAUCUUGGUAUCAGCAGCACUGGAUCGUAGGACUUGUUGCUGAUUUUGACCUUGUAUUCAAGUUACCUGUUCCCUUGGUCUGUGUUUAAUACCCUGUACAUAUCUUUGAUUUAGGCCCCUAGAGCGUGUGAAUCGGUCACUCGGUGGCCGAGGU